GUGCGAUUAUUUACGGAAGCUUGGUCCCUACAUGGACGGUGAGCUCGGGAUCGUGGUUUCCAGCGGACUGACUGCUGUCGUGAGGAGGAGGAGGGUCGGUAGAACCGGUCUGAUCCUGUAAACACUGUACGAACUCUGUUCAGCGACAUAGCCAUGUCUCCAUCCAUACCCCUCCAAGAGAUGAUCCGGGCCAUCAGGUCGGCCAGGACCCAGUGUGAGGAGCGGGGCGUGAUCCAGAGGGAGUGUGCCGCUAUCCGGGCCCAGUUCAGGCAGACAGACAGCGGGGCGCGAUCGCACAACCUGGCCAAGCUGCUCUACGUGCACAUGCUGGGCUACCCAGCUCACUUUGGUCAGAUGGAGUGUGUUCGGAUGAUCGCCAGCCCCCGCUACAGUGAGAAGCGGGUGGGGUACCUGGGAGCCAUGAUGCUGCUGGACGAAAAGCAGGACGCCAGCCUGCUCAUCACCAACUCCAUCAAGAAUGACCUGGCUCACAGUAACCAGUAUGUACAGUCUCUGGCUCUGUGCACUCUGGCCUGUAUGGGUUCUGCUGAGAUGUGCAGAGAUCUGGCACCAGAGAUCGAAAGGCUGCUCCGAGCCUCCAACUCCUACAUCAAGAAGAAGGCUGCUCUGUGUGCUGUUCACAUCGUGAGAAAAGUCCACGAACUCGGGGAGCUUUUUGCUCCCGCCGCUCGCUCCCUCUUAGUCGAGAAGAACCACGGUGUUUUACAUGGUGCUGUGGUGCUCAUCACUGAGCUGUGUGAGCGCAAUCAUGAGACACUCGAGCGCUUCAGGAAGAUAGUACCAGAUCUAGUUCAGAUCAUGAAAGGUCUGGUCAUUUCCGGUUACUCUCCAGAGCAUGACGUGGCAGGAAUUAGUGAUCCCUUCCUACAGGUACGAAUCUUGAGGUUGCUGAGAAUCCUCGGACGCAACAAUGACGUAGCCAGUGACGCCAUGAACGACCUACUCGCUCAGGUGGCGACCAACACUGACAGCACUAAGACAGUGGGCAACGCUGUGCUGUAUGAGACUGUUCUCACUGUGCUGGACAUCAAGUCAGAGAGCGGCCUCAGGGUUCUGGCUGUGAACAUCCUGGGAAGAUUCCUCCUGAACAACGACAGGAACAUUCGGUACAUCGCCAUGACCUCCCUUCAAAAGAUUGUUUGCACAGAUCACAACGCUGUGCAGCGCCACAGAGGAACCAUAGUGGACUGUCUGAAGGACCAGGACGCUUCUGUAAAACGCCGUGCAUUGGAGCUCUCCUUAGCUCUUGUGUCAGCCACCAACAUCCGCACCAUGAUGAAGGAGCUGCUCCUCUUCCUCUCCUCCUGUCCCCCAGAGCUAAAGUCUCAUGCUGCCAGCGGCAUAUUCAACGCUGCUGAAAGGUAUGCACCCUCCCAGCGCUGGCACAUUGACACCAUCCUGCAUGUCCUCACCACGGCAGGGGGCGACGUGAGAGAUGAAACUGUCCCCAACCUGAUCCAGCUCAUCACCAACACCUCUGAGCUGCACUGUUACACCGUCCACAAGCUCUAUCGCGCCCUGCUCACUGACAUCUCUCAGCCAUCCCUGGUGCAGGUGGCCUGCUGGUGUAUAGGAGAGUAUGGAGACCUGCUGAUGAAAGGAGAGUGUCAGGAGACUGAGGCUUUACAGGUAUCUGAAGACGAUGCCCUGGAUGCCUUGGAAACAGUUCUACAGUCCCACAUGUCCUCCCCAGCAACCAGAGGCUUUGCUCUCACCGCCACCAUGAAACUGAGCACACGCAUCACUGACAACGUGGAUCGGAUCAGGAGCAUUGUCAGCAUCUACGGCAGCUGUUUGGACGUGGAGCUCCAGCAGAGGGCAGUUGAAUACAACGCUCUGUUCAAAAAAUAUGACCACAUGAGGGCAGCGGUGCUGGAGAGGAUGCCUGUGAUUGAAAAGAACUCCUUGGGUGAUACCAAUGGAGAGUCAAUGGGGGAAACCAUGAAGGAGAUCCAGGCAGCUACAGUCAAGAAGGCUGAGCCACUGCUGCAACAACAACCUGCUAACCAGGUGUGUGAUCUCUUGGACCUGCUGGGUGGCUCCGAGGAGCCUCUGCAGCCCAGUCCAGCACCAGGUCUGUCCAUCAACACCGCCGGCACUGCAGGAGGAGACCUGCUGGAUCUACUGGGAGGAUUCGAGCCAACGCCCCUGGCACCAGCUCCCACAGUGACGGUGUACGACAAAGACGGCGUGGCUUUGACACUUAAUUGUGAGAAACAGUCUGACUCCGGUCUGACAGUCACACUCAUAGCCUCCAACUCCACUGACUCGGACAUCAGCGCCUUCACCCUGCAAGCUGCUGUACCCAAGAGUGUCCAGUUACACAUGAAGGCCCCCAGUGGGGACUCUCUCCCGGCACGAGGCGCAGCUAAGGUGACCCAGCUGGUGGUCCUCAACAACCCAAACAAGGUGAGCUUGAAGAUGAGGAUCCGUGUAUCCUACACCAGACAAGGAUCAGCCUUCCAGGACACUGUCCAGGUCGACUCCUUCCCAGGCCUCUGACAGCCGUUAGCCAGUCCUCCUGGACUAUGACAGCAGACUGUGGAUGAGUCAGCAGGCGUCAGCCUCACUGACAGUCUGCUGUAAAAACCCUCCACCCCACAGUCCAACCUGCUGUUCCUCAAAUACCCACCUUUUUUAUUUCUGGUGUUUUUAGCGCUGAAAAACACUUUCUCUCGCAGGAAAUCAGCCUCGUGUUAACACAUAGUUCUCCUCUCGCCUGGAGCUGAAGUGUCAAUGUGAUUAUUAACACGAGCUGUGGAAUAUGCAGGUAAAACAUGGAAAUUACAAAAUUAUAGUAUUUUCUAAGAAGUUUUAUGUGACUGUCCAAACAAAUAUCCACUUAAGUUUUCAACCAGGGUUUUAUUUGAAUGUGGCUUCUGUCAGUUUAAGCCACUAGAUCCACUCUACUCGUACAACACUGCAUUAAUACUCCACUACUUUUUCUUCAUUUGCCUUGAACUUCUUUCCUCAGCUGAAAAACAGCUGAGCACUAACUAAUGAGCCACUACGACUUAUAUGAAAUUAAUUUAUCCAGAACGCUUGAUUUCAUUUGGAAAAUGCAGGGACAUGAAUUUUAAUCUGAAAGGUUGAAGACUUUAAACAGCCAUGUGUCUUGGAAUUCCCUUGUCUUGUGUUAUGCAUCUGAACUGCUCAGAGUGUUCUCCUCUGUGCCUUGAGCCCUCUCAUGAAAGGAAGUUUUAAAAGAAGUAUUGUCAAAUAAACAUUUUUAUCAUUCCCACAAGCAACACUUGUUGUUACUGACCAUUAUUCCCUUGUCAUUUGUUUACAGAGGCUCCUAAGUGAAUUGUAUAUUUUCUGGAGACUGUAAAGUGAUACAAGAAGAAAACGGUCAUGAACAUGAUAUGACCUUGAUGUGGAAGGACGAAAAUAGUGAGCUGUCAAACAUAAGACCGAUAAAGUGUAUUAUCUGAGUUAUUUAAAAAAAUCUUCUCAAACACAGACCUUCUAAAAACACUCUGGAGACGAGCAGUGGUGCUGUAAUGUGAUUUAAGCACAAUCUACCUUCACUAAAAUGUACGGGAGUAUACUAUCAACUGUUUGUAUUUGUCUUUGAAUUUUCAGUCUCCUGUCAUUUUCUAUAAAAGAAAAGAAGUUUUCAGAAUCCUCAGUGA